AGUAUUUCUAGGGAGCGAUUUAAUAGGAGCUGAACAAUCAGAGGCGAUGAACGUAAUGCAAAGAUGUUAUCAGAGUGGAUUUUUUUUUUCUACUGCCUUACAAGUCUGGGACAGGGACUAGGAGCCCAGUUUUUGGAACCUAAUUGCGGAAUCCCUUCGUCGACAAGUAGAAUUCAAGGAGGUCAAAAUGCUAAAAUCGGCGCGAAUCCGUGGAUGGCGUAUCUAAAAAUGAACUCGACUCUAGCUUGUGCCGGCACGUUAAUCACCAAAAGGUUCGUGCUGACUGCAGCGCACUGUCUGCAAUUCCGCAGUAUAGACAUUGUUUACCUUGGGGUGUACGAUACAAUGGCAUUGAAAAAUAGCAGAGAGCAUGUUUGCAUAACUCCGUGCGAGGAGUACGGUGUUAAGUUGAUCUUGAAACAUAAAUUGUAUGGUGAAGAACCAGGCGAAAGCUACGACAUAGGUUUGCUUAAACUUAACAGAAUUGUCGAAUAUAAAGUUUACAUCAGACCGGUUUGCCUGCUUCUGAAUCCCGCCCAUGCCGCCGAAAGUCCCACCUACGAGGCCACGGGCUGGGGCAAAACCGACCGCAAGAAUUUCCCCACUGUCCUGCAGACAAUAAUCCUUUCUAGGCUCGACCCAGCCGAGUGCGAGCGAUACUUAGAGACUCCUGUGGAAUGGGGUCAGAUAUGUGCGGGUCGGACGAAUGGGGACACAUGCACUGGUGACUCUGGCGGUCCACUAGUGCACAAAAUGUCAAAAGGUGAGAUUACCCGCACCAUUCAGUUCGGUAUCGUAAGCUAUGGCCACUACGAGUGUCGCGGCCCAGCCGUCUACACAGAUGUCCUAGCCUUAACAAAGUGGAUCCUGGGUGUCAUUCGCUGGUAUGGAAACUAAGCAGUGUGAUUCUAAAAGUCUUGUCUAUCUUGGGAAAUACACAGUUCUUGGGAAUUAA